GCGAUCGGACACUGCCAUGGGGGUGCGCGGGGCACUGGUGCUGGCGGCGGCGGUGGUGGGCGUGGUGGUGGUGAUGGGGGUGGCGGUGGCGGUGUAUGCAAUGACGGUCCCUGAGGAUACUGAUGAAGUCUCAGCUUUCUGGACUGCGAAGUUAAGCGAUUUAGCCUUAUUGGGCACGAAUACCAAUGAGAACGAGGCUGUCAGGUUCCUGCGGGAGUAUGACGUACAGGCGAGUGUCAUGUGCAACCGGUUCAUGGAGGCUUCGUGGGAUUUCAACACCAACGUUACUGAUUUCAACAGGCGCAAAAUGCUUGCGCAACAGAUGGAGUGGGCCAAGUUCCAUCGCGAGAAGUGGACGGACGCAACGAGUUUCGCUUGGAAGAACUUCACCAACCCGGACGUGAGGAGGAUGUUCUCUUUCCUCACCGUGCUCGGCAAAGUGGCGCUACCCAAGGAGAAGAUGCAGGAGCUGACGGAGCUCCUGCAGAGUAUGAAGACAACCUACUCCACGGCCAAGAUCUGCCGGUACGACUCCAGGCUGCGCAGACUCCCCAGCGGAGACUACGACUACUUGAGCGACUUCGAUGCCAUGGACAGUGACAACGAGAUCCCCUGCAUCCCCUCCCUCAACCUGGAGCCCCAGCUGAGCAACAUCAUGUCCACCUCGCGGGACCCCUCUGAACUGCGCUACGUGUGGCGGGCGUGGCGGGAGGUCGCCGGGAAGCCCCUCCGUCAGCAGUACCUCCGCUUCGUCGACCUAGCGAACGAGGCAGCCAGACUGAACGGUUUCAGCGACGCCGGGGAGUACUGGAGGAGUGAGUACGAGGUUGACAACUUCGAGGAGCAGCUGGAGGUGUUGUGGGAGAAGCUGCGGCCCCUGUACCAGCAGCUGCACGCCUAUGUCAGGGCGAAGCUGGUGGAUAACUACGGAGAGACAGUGGUGCCUAGAAACGGUCCCAUUCCGGCGCAUCUACUCGGCAACAUGUGGGCGCAGACUUGGACCAACGUGAUGAACCUAACCAUACCAUUCCGGGGCCGCACAACUGUGGAUGUCACCAACGCUAUGCGGCGCCAAGGCUACACCCCGCUCGCCAUGUUCCGCCUGGCCGAGGAAUUCUUCACCUCGCUGGGACUCGAACCCAUGCCCAUCUCCUUCUGGCAAAACUCACUCUUCCAGAAGCCAACGGACAGGGAGGUGGUAUGUCAUGCCUCCGCGUGGGACUUUUGUAAUGGUUUUGAUUACAGAAUCAAGCAGUGCACGGAGGUGUCGACGGAGUACCUGUUCACCACACACCACGAGAUGGGCCACAUCCAGUACGACCUCCAGUACCGCAACCAGCCCUUCAUCUUCAGAGACGGCGCCAACCCAGGAUUUCACGAGGCAGUCGGGGACGUGAUGGCGCUGUCCGCAUCCACGCCACGCCACCUACAGGCAAUCGGUCUUCUUGACAACGUGGAUGAGUCCUUCGAGACUGAUAUUAACUUCCUAUACGCCAUGGCCCUCGACAAAAUCGCAUUCCUGCCCUUCGGAUACCUGAUGGAUAAGUGGCGAUGGGAGGUGUUCAGGGGAGACACCACCUCCUCCAACCUCAACACUCGCUGGUGGGACAUGCGGCUCUCCAUCCAGGGAGUCUCGCCCCCCGUGCCCAGGAGUGAGGAGGACUUCGACCCGGGCGCAAAGUUCCACGUGCCCGCUAAUGUGCCUUACGUCAGGUACUUCGUGAGUUUCAUCAUUCAGUUCCAAUUCCAUUCCGAACUGUGCAAGGCUGCGGGCCACCAGGGGCCGCUCCACCGGUGUGACAUCUACCGCUCUCAGACGGCCGGCAAGUUGCUCAGAGAUGUGUUGUCCCUGGGCAAAUCGCGGCCGUGGACAGAGGCGCUGCAGCGGCUGACAGGGGGCAAAAGCAACAAACUAGAAGUGGAACCCAUCUUGGAAUACUUCGCUCCGCUCCAGUCGUGGCUUGAGUCCCAAAACAGAGGACAGCUUAUCGGUUGGAGGGAGAGCGAGGCCAUCGUGCAGCCCAUCACCACCUCCAACGUGUCCAUGAUCACGGGCGUCAUCUUGGCCUGCAUCGCAGUGCUGCUUCUGCUGGCCCUCAUCUUCAUCGUCGUCAGGAGAGUGGUGCGGUCAGGCAAGGCCAAGACCCCGACGCAGGGUACAUGAAACCACGCCGACAACCCGAAGUCCGAGGAAAAGAUCAUCGAGGAAGAUUUAGGGACCAUCUAGAUCACGCCGACUGAGACUUGUAGUAUACUGCGUCUCUAGAGAUUCACGUGUACUCCCUAUCUUCCUUCUCCUGCACUGUGUGACUAUUUCGACGUAAGAUGCGGGGAAAAAAACACAAAAUACGAGUGAGAGUGAGUGUGUGUGAGUGUGUGCGUGUUACUGCUGCGAUGCGAGGACAGACUGAGACUACUGAGUAAGAUAUCGGUGCUUCAAGCUGGUCCCGACGAUCAUUCUCGAAACAAAACGAAGCAUGCGUAGUUUGUUUAAAGAAAAGAAACUCCAGAUGACUAAAAGUGAUGCCAAUCCUGUUUCUGGAAGGGAUUUGUCGCAUUGGGAAAGGUACAUUACGUGCCAGAUUCUUUUUUUUUUUUUAUCCAAAUCUUCGAGGCUCCGGAUCCGACUCACCAGCUCAACAGUUUCCAUUUAGUGAUUUCCUUGUGAUUAUUUGUAAGUGCACCUCUUUUUCAAUAUAUUCCUCGAAUUUUGGGUAUGUCGGUAUGAAUGUGGAUAGUGAGAGAGAGAGAGAGAGAGAGAGAGAGAGAGAGAGAGAGAGAGAGAGAGAGAGAGAGAGAGAGAGAGAGAAGGGGGGGAGUGUUAGAGUACAGGAAGUGAGAGAUUAUUUUUAAGUUCUAUUGAUUACUGUUGAGAGAGAGAGAGAGAGAGAGAGAGAGAGAGAGAGAGAGAGAGAGAGAUUCUUAUGGUAGUACCUGAGGGAAGAAGUAGAAGAAAAUACGUGUUGAAUUAGCUAACUUUUCCUUGAAUACAAAAUAUUCUUGGUGGCUAGAAACCAAGGAAUAAAAGAACGAUAAUAUAAUGUUUGAAAAUAAUAUAAUGUAGCAUGUAUGUAUGAAUGAGGAACUAGAAUAAUAAAGGUGCAUAAAAUUGA